AUGGCUAUGGCGAGCAGCAGCAACACCUCCUCUUUAGCUCUGGUAACACUGCCAUUGAGGAAGAAUUUUGAUGUGUUUGUGAGUUUCAGAGGUCCAGACACUCGCUUCAAUUUCACUGAUCAUCUUUUUGAUGCCUUUGAAAGAAUAGGAAUCACUGUAUUCACAGAUGAAGAAAUACGGGAAGUGAAAUACCAAGGACCUCAUUAUCCAACCAUGACAACAAGUUCUGGAUGGAAACCUGAGGUACAGAUGACACUAUAUUCACCGUCAAGAACCACUGCAUCUCUUUCGGUAAUUGCCAAUGAAGAUCUUAUUACUGACAAAUCAAAUCACAUCUGGUUAAACUAUUUCCCUAAGGAGUCGUCCUAUAAUGUUCAGUAUGGUCGUUUCCAUGUUAAAAUUGUAAGCAAUGGAGGCUUGGAUGUGGAGGUCAAGAAAUCUCUGAAGCACGAGUUUUUGGCCAUUCAAGAUGAGACACAUCCACAACCACAGGUACACUCAUUCAGAUGA